AUGGCCAGCAACGAGCAGACCUCAACUACCCCAAUCACGGUGGUUCUACCCACUGUCACUCCGUCUACAAACAUCUCCAAUGCCGCAGACACUGCUCCAUCUUCCCGACCAUCCUCUCGCCCUUCAACAAUUCAACGACUUUAUUCCCUAGAUAACAUCACAACAUACGUUAGCCCCACGCAUUCUUUGAACAUAGCCUGUCCUGUCAGCGAAGCCUCGCACAAAAAGCAAACCUAUCCACCAUUUCAAGACCACUUCUCAGCCUCGUCACCCAGAUCCUCAAAACCAGAAGACCAGAGCAGCCUUGGCUGGCCAGGUUCCAAAAUGGCACUGUCUCCUACCCUCCGAAACCACUGUACGGCCGCACUCGCCGAGCUUGUGGGUACCUUUUUGUUCCUAUUCUUUGCCUUCUCGGCAGCCGGGGUCGCCAAUGCUGUGCCGCCGCAGUUGAGCGAUAACAUUGUGGUCCCCAAUAUUCCUGGGCUCCUGUACAUCUCGUUUGCCUUUGGAAUCUCCCUGAUGGUCAACGUCUUUGCCUUUUACCGCAUCUCGGGUGGUCAAUUCAACCCUGCCGUAAGUCACCAAAACCACCAGAUCCCCGCGCUCAGGUGUGUUUUCAGCACUGACGGGAUGCUUAUCAAGGUCUCGAUGGCACUUUGCUUGGUCGGCGCAAUCCCGCCGUUGCGUGCCGGGUUCUGCAUCUUGGGGCAGAUUAUUGGCGGUAUCAUUGCCGCCGCCGCGGUCGACGGUCUCUACCCUACGCUCUUGAACGUCGAGACAACUCUGGGACCUGGCGUCUCGCAAGCCCAAGGUGUAUUCAUCGAGAUGUUCCUCACAACCCAGUUGAUCUUGGUCAUUCUCCUGUUGGCAGUUGAGAAGCACAGGUUGACAUAUAUAGCUCCACUUGGCAUCGGUUUUGCCCUCUUCGUCACGCAUCUUGCUGGCGUAUACUUCACUGGAGCUUCUCUGAACCCGGCUCGCUCCCUGGGUCCAGCCGUCAUCAACCGCAGCUUCCCCUCCUACCACUGGAUAUACUGGAUCGGCCCCAUGCUCGGCGCCCUGCUUGCAUCGGGAUUCUACAGCCUUCUCAAUUUCUGCAAGUGGAAGCAGGUCAACCCAGGCCAAGACUGGGAUGGCAUUGGCGAGAAAGAGGCUCAGAGAGACGAUUUCAACGAAGCCAAUGAUCCCUUGACGAGGGUCGCUUGA